CCGCCCCCACCCCACCCCCCUCACCCCCGUGUUGCUUCCACCCUAAGGCAUUACAGCAGCUUCCACAUAGCCCGCAGGUGCCUGACGUUGCUAAUUCCUGUCGCCAGUUUGUCACCAGGGGCUCCAGGGAAAGGGAAAAGGAGUUUUGACACUGCCUGUGGAGCAGAAAGAUAUGGGCCCGGAAACUUCUCCCUUUCCCUUGGCGUCUGUGUGCUUCCAGGAGAUAUGCUUCCUCCAAUUUCAAGGUGAAAGGAGGGGACGGUAUGUUUGCAUCUGAGGGAGGAGGGGGGCCUGCAGAUUGGAUAUCUCCAAAAGGUCCACAGCCCAGAGCUGAAGGUGGGUAGCAGUGGGGAGGCCUCAUAGCCUGCCCCACAGGUAAAGGGAAAGACAUGAAACUACAUAUCAGUUUGGGAGGCUGUGGCCAAAUUCCUAGAUGCCCAGGUUCCCUGUCUUUUCUCAGGCUGCUGACCUGCAGCUGGAAAUGACGCAGAAGCCUAUUAAGAAGCCGGAUGCCAGGGACCCCCUGGUGUUUGGGAAGACAUUCACCGACCACAUGCUGAUGGUGGAAUGGAGCGAGAAGAAAGGCUGGGGCCAGCCCCGAAUCCAGCCCUUCCAGAACCUCACACUGCACCCAGCCUCUUCCAGCCUCCACUAUUCCUUGCAGCUCUUUGAGGGCUUGAAGGCAUUCAAAGGCGGGGACCAACGGGUGCGUCUCUUCCGUCCCUGGCUCAACAUGGACCGGAUGCUGCGCUCGGCCCUGCGCCUCUGCCUGCCAGGUUUCGACAAGGGCGAGCUACUCGAGUGCAUCCGACGGCUCAUCAAAGUGGACAAGGACUGGGUUCCUGACAGCACAGGCACCAGCCUCUAUGUGCGGCCCGUGCUCAUUGGGAACGAGCCUUCUCUGGGUGUCAGCCACUCCACGCAAGCCCUCCUCUACGUCAUCCUCUGCCCUGUUGGCUCCUACUUCCCUGGAGACUCUGUGACCCCUGUCUCUCUCCUGGCUGACCCAGCGUUCAUCCGGGCCUGGGUGGGUGGAGUAGGCAACUACAAGCUAGGGGGGAAUUACGGGCCCACUGUGUUGGUGCAAGAGGAGGCAAAAAAGAAGGGCUGUGAACAGGUCUUGUGGCUGUAUGGGCCUGACCAUCAGCUCACGGAGGUGGGCACCAUGAACAUCUUCAUCUACUGGACCCACAAGGAUGGGGUACUGGAGCUUGUCACACCCCCGCUGGAUGGUGUCAUCCUGCCUGGAGUAGUCAGACAGAGUCUGCUGGACCUGGCUCAGACCUGGGGUGAGUUCCGGGUAGCAGAGCGCUCUAUCACCAUGAAGGAGUUGCUGCAGGCGCUGGAAGAGGGCAGGGUACGCGAAGUCUUUGGCUCAGGCACCGCGUGUCAAGUCUGCCCUGUGCACCAAAUCCUGUACCAAGGCCAGAAACUGCACAUUCCCACCAUGGAAAAUGGCCCAGAGCUUAUCCUCCGCUUCCAGAAGGAGCUGAAGGCGAUCCAGUAUGGAACGAGCGCCCACGAGUGGAUGCUUCCGGUGUGACAGUGCGGGCCGAGCACAACCGCCAUUAAGACCCGCCGACCUGUAGCAUCUAGUUACGCCGGCUCUCGCCUCCCUACCAAAGACUCACCUAAAGUGCAAUAAGAAGUAAAAGACCGGGGGACUGGGGGACCGGACGCCUGGGUUUCUCGCGCCCCCUCGUGGUCGCUACACUCCCAAAGCCAUAAGCGAGACCCAAGGGUCUUGGCCACCAGCCCGGUGUCUCGGGCCUUGGGGAGCAGGGCCCCUAUUUGUCCGCGUCGUGGGACUAAGGAUGCAAUUUGGCAACGACUUCGCAUCUCUCCGUUCUAAGGCUGGACCCCAGGUGCUGCCGUUGUGGUUUCUUUCUCCUCUUUGCUGCAAUUUUGAAAUAAAAUGCCAAAGAACAAGA